AUAUGAGCUAGAAAAUUUUCUACAUCAAGAUAUAACUCUAGUUUAUUAUUUGUUAUUAGCCCAAUGUUUCACAACAUACAUAUCCCAUAAUAUAUUCAACUACUUCUCUAUUCAUGAACAAAACUUUUUUCAGUUUUUGACAUCCUAAGCUCAAAAAUUUUUAGUGAACUAACAUCCAUAAUGCUGAGUCCCUAAGUUAUAUGUUUUUAAUUUCUGAUCCUGAUACUGUUUUCUCAGCUACUAAUUUACUAUCAUCAUUUUUUAGUAAGUCAAUAUAAUAUAUUUGUGUUCUCCUUGGAAUUUUCAAUUAUUAAAAAAGGGGUAUGUGUGGCUUCUUUUUGUAAUUGCAAGUAGUGUCCUCUUUUAAGUAGACCUUCUCAAUAUGGCAGUCAGAUCAUGUUUCCAGCCUUUGGAGCUACACACUAAAUCAUUCCGUCAGGAAACUGUUACUGAAACGGACAGGUUCUGUGUGGCUGACGUGGCAUCACAGUUUACAGUGUCUGCCAGCUGUGAGUAACAGCAGGCUGCCUUGGUGGGAUGUAGCAGAAGCAGCAACAGCAACUCCUGAUUUAGGGGCAAAAGAUGGUCUUUUCCCAGAAGGAUUAAAAACAGCAGGGCAGCCAUUCAUGAGCCAAACUUCAUGUCCUAGCAGUGAGCUUGAUAACAGAAUUGAUUGUACAAUCAGAAUCCGCUGGAGAGAAACAUGAGAGAGAAAAACUCAUACCAGGCAAUCAAGGAAAAUAAAAUAACUACAUAACUGCUCAAAACACAAGAGAAAUUCAGAGGUUCGGGAUGGAACCUUGGGUUCCCCAGCGGCCGUCUCAGCCACAGGGGAAACCCACAGCACCAUCAAAGGACUCAGACCAAGGGCUUCGAGGCGGACAUCAUCGGCCCAUUCCUCACCUUCGACACAAUGGAGAAAGGUUCUAUCAAUGGCAAGAUGUCCGUGGGAGUCCACAGCCACAGCAGGACCCCAGGGCAGACCACCAGCAGCCCCACUAUGCAUCCAGGCCUGGGCAAUGGCCUCAUCCUGCGUCUGGAGUUGACUACUAUGAAGGGGGUUAUCCCACUCACGUAUACUCCAGGGCGGGCUACGAGGAUCCCUAUCAGAGAUACUACUCUCCAGCACUGAGGGAUGAAUACGUUUAUGGAAAUUAUUACUACCGUGGAUACCUGAAACGGCGGCAGGAGGAAAGAGUACCAAGGCAGGGGAGUCCUUAUGUCUGGCAUGAAGAUCAUGGAGAUCAAAAAUACCUCAGUGAAUAUAAUCAUGAAAACUGGAAUAGUCCAUCUGGAGCAAAUCAUGAGACCCAGUUCCACUCUACCAGCUGGAAUACUUACAAAGACAACCCUGCUUCCAGCUUGGGACAGGAACAGCCCGGGGAACUCCUUCCAGAGAAUCUGCCAGCUGGAGCCCCAAAGAAUAAGCAGUCACUGACCAGCAGAUCCAACCUUCUCCAGCAGUGUGAGUCUGGUCUCAGCUCCAGCAGCUAUGAGCUCAGUCAGUACAUGCCAGACGCCUCUGAGCAGUAUGAUCCUGUGGCUUCAGCAGCUUGGAGUCCAGUCCAGGCUGGGGCUGUCUCGGCAGUCGGUCCCAAGACGCCCAUGAAGUUCUACGUCCCUCAUGUGUCUGUGAGUUUUGGACCAGGAGGUCAGCUGGUGUGUGUGUGUCCCAGCUCUCCCACGGAUGGGCAGGUGCCCCUUGUUGAACUGCAUAGCAUGGAGGUUAUUCUUAAUGACUCUGAGGCCCAAGAGGAAAUGAGAAGUUUCUCAGGACCCCUGAUCAGGCAAGAUGUACACAAGGUGGAUAUUAUGACAUUUUGCCAGCAGAAAGCAGCUCAGAGCCACAAAUCUGGGACACCAGGGAGCAGGGACUCAGCUCUACUUUGGCAACUACUAGUUCUUCUUUGUCGCCAGAAUGGGUCCAUGGUGGGGUCUGACAUAGCUGAGCUGCUGAUGCAAGACUGCAAAAAACUGGAGAAAUACAAGCGACAGCCUCCUGUGGCCAACCUCAUCCACCUGACCGAUGAGCACUGGCCUGUGAUGAAUACUGGGACCCGCAACCUGCUCACUGGGGAGAUCCCCCCCACUGUGGACACACCCGAGCAGAUCUUGGAGAAGUUCACUAAGCUGCUCUACUAUGGGAGAAAGAAGGAGGCCUUGGAGUGGGCGAUGAAGAACCACUUGUGGGGUCAUGCUUUGUUCCUAUCCAGCAAGAUGGACCCGAGGACCUACAACUGGGUCAUGAGUGGCUUCACCAGCACCCUGGCUCUCAACGACCCCCUGCAGACCCUCUUCCAGCUCAUGUCGGGGAGAAUUCCACAAGCAGCCACGUGCUGUGGGGACAAGCAGUGGGGAGACUGGAGGCCCCACUUGGCCGUGAUUCUGUCAAAUCAGUCUGGGGACCCGGAGCUGCACCAGCGUGCAGUGGUCACCAUGGGGGACACGCUGGCUGCGAAGGGGUAUGUGGAGGCAGCCCACUUCUGCUAUCUCAUGGCUCGUGUGCCCUUCGGCCACUACACUGUGAAGACAGACCUUCUGGUCUUGUUGGGCAGUAGCCACAGUCAAGAGUUCUUGAAAUUCGCAACCACUGAGGCUCUCCAGAGGACGGAAAUCUUCGAGUACUGCCAGAUGCUGGGCCGCCCCAAAUCUUUCAUUCCUUCUUUCCAGGUGUAUAAGCUCCUUUAUGCUUCCCGUUUGGCAGAUUAUGGCCUGGCAUCCCAGGCCUUGCAUUACUGCGAGGCCAUUGGUGCAGCUGUCCUGAGCCAGGGACAGAGCAGUCACCCUGUGCUAUUAGUGGAGCUCAUCAAGCUCGCAGAGAAACUGAAGCUGUCAGACCCGCUGGUUUUAGAAAGGCGCCGUGGGGACAGGGACCUGGAGCCAGAUUGGCUAGCACAACUGCGGAGGCUGCAGCAGGAGCUUGAGCAAAAGGUAAUGGAAGACAUCAGGGAUCCUUGUUCUGCUCACUCAGAUAUUUCAGGAGCCAAAGGAAGAACAGACUCUUUCUACCAGGAUCUUUCAGAACGUCAGGCUGUGGGGUCCCAUUCAAUCCUGAGGCUAACUCCUGAGCAGAUAGGCCCAACCCAGCCUGGCCCACAGCAGCCCCUUCCCCUUACAGACCCCUACCCAGUGGAAGGAGGUACAGGGCACACCGGGGCGCCAGCACCUCUUUCCUCGGUUCCUGAGACCCACCCUCCAUGGGCUUGUGACGAUGGUGGUGGCAGUGCGGCAGUGAUGGGGGCUCCUGGAGGAAAGGCCUGGGAGGAGACACCGCAGAUGCACCCCGCCUCUGGAGAGAACACAGUGUCUCAAGAAACCUCCCAGCAUUAUGAUGGUCAGAGUGUCGUUCCCACACUUCAGGUGCCACUGGCUCCCAGAGCACGAAGUUUCUCUGAAAAUUCCAGCGUCUCAGUCCAGGAGGAUGAGGAGGCGUCCUCUGACGAAGUAGAUAAAAAACCCUCCUCAAAUGCUGCACAGAGUGAAAAGUCAGGAGAUGUGAAAGACAACACAAAGAGCUCAGGAUUUGGUUGGUUCAGCUGGUUUAGGUCGAAGCCGUCCAGUAGCCCGUCUGAAGAAGCCUCAUCAGACUGCAGCGACUCGCAGAAGUCGCCCGUAGCAUCUUCUCCCCUCCAGACUAACCAGAGCGUCUCACCAGCAUUACCUCUUGAGUCCCUGUCUCUUCCAGGUACUUUCUCCAGGGGCACAGGUAGUGAUGAGCUCCCAGAAUCUCUGCCCAGUGGAGGCCCAGCUGAGAGCACUGGGAUUGGAGGGUUCUCAGGGCUUGAGGGUGUUUCUUCUGAGGUCUACUCCAACCCUGGUGUCCUGCCUCCCUCUCCCCCCUUGAGAGGGGCAGUGCCUCUCUACAACCCAUCUCAGGUUCCUAAGCUCUCCACGGCCACCAGCCUGAAUCCACCAAACCGCCUGGCUCAGCGCCGCUAUCCAACCCAGCCGUGCUGAGAACAACCCCCUGUCCCAGACUUGUCUCCUGGAAGCAGCGUUUCUGUAUUGUUCCCCUUUUCUCAACCUCCCAUCCGCUCUGUCAUAUUCAGACCCUAAAGAGGGUUGUACAGGUCUGCAGCCUCCACUGACACCUGGAAGGCAAGGGAUAGGACCUCUCAUGACAUGGCUGAAGCUUAACUUCAGAAUGAUGGAAUUUAUUACAUUAGAUGGAAAAUUUGGGAAACAGUAGCAGCCUGGAAGUGAGCAGAGUGUCAUGACAACAGCACUUACGAUGGUGGCGUGAGAGCCUCAAGAAAGUUAGGGCCCUAAGAUUCCUACAGCUGGGGUCAGUGAUGGUGCCACCAGGCCUGUAACAGGGUCUCAGAGCAGUAUUCCAGACCAACUCUGACUUCUUUUUCAGUCUUGCUUAUCACCGAAUACACGACUCUGGUUAGCAAAGUUUUUAUACCGAAACUCGUUUAUUGCUGCCCUUCUAUGAUUCCCUCUUCAAUGACAUUUCAGCAAUUUUUCUCCUGGUCCCGGUUUGUGCACAUUUUCUAUGUGGUUCAGAUUAAUUAUAUUUCUCUCACUUUCUUAGCUGGUCCUAUUUUUUCACAUCAUGGCAUCUGGCUAUCAAGUUAGAUUGCUGUAGGCAUCAUAUUGUCAUGGUAACUACUGAACCUAAUGAUGCAGAUGGAUGGAACAUCAGUGUAAUAAAUGGUGGAAAACAUUUCCUAAAAAUUCACCCUUUCCGUAAAGAGGGAGGAAUGAGUGCCUGGUAUUGUUAAUACCUCCCUUUCUACCUCAGGCCUUUGCAAAUUGAUGUUUGGAGGGUCACAGGAGCCAGAGGGAGGAGGGGGAUAUCUUGGAAAUUUCCAUUUCUCCUUGCGAACCAAAAAUAGGAAUGAUUCUUGCUGUUUGUCAGAUUUGCUGAAAAUUGCUCCUCACAAAGAACACUUUUUGUAUGUGUAAUUGUACAUACAGGUUUUGUACUUUAAUGUACUAUGGUUCUGAUGUUGAUAGCGAUUAAACCCGGAUAAUUUUAUAGCAAA